UUGUUUUCCCUUCCAGCACCCAACAGAUGUGGACUACAGAGUGAUGGCUACUUUCACAGAGCUGUACACCACUCUCCUGGGGUUCGUCAACUUCAGGCUCUACCAUUCCCUCAACCUGCUCUACCCCCCAAAGCUGGACGCUAAAGCAGAGUCCGAGCUGAAGGAGGAGAAUGACGAAGACUACGCCAUGAAUUCAGAAAGCUACCUGGAGAAACUGUCAGCUCUGAGUACGAGUCUGGCCACGGUGGUUGCCACUACAGAGGAGGAGGAGGCUCAACUCGACCAAUUUCCUGUUGAAGACGAGGACAUGGAAAAGAUGGAGGCCAGAGAAAGGGAACAGAAAGAGCAGGAAGCUCAGAAAAAGCUUCUUGAGGGGCACAAGUUCUUCCUCAACAGAGAAGUGCCCAGAGAGCCGUUGGCUUUUCUCAUCAGGUGUUUUGGUGGUGAAGUGUCCUGGGACAAGUCUGUUUGCAUCGGCAGCACGUACGAGAUGACGGAUGAGAGCAUCACGCAUCAAGUUGUUGACAGACCCAACGUUGACAAACAGUAUAUUAACAGGUAAAUGACGUAAACACACGUCUA